CAAUGAAGGCUCGCCGUGAUCGUUAAGUCGUCUGCUACCGUGGUCUACCCCGGCAAUUGAAGCAGCCGGCGACAGUAGAAGGUUGUCCGAUUUAACUCGACGCGAGUGACCGCUGAGGGGUCCACAAUUAACACACUUGGCGUACCUAUGUUACGUACUGUGACAUGUCUGGGACUGGUGAAAUAGCACAAGUCAACGAUCAGCUUUCCGAUUUUGACCAAGUCAUGUUAAAAAGUUCAGAAUGUCUCUAGGACAGAAAUUAAUCGAUCGACCAAAAGUUCGUUUCAAUCAUCCUCCUGAAGACUCGGUUGUAAAUUCAGUCAACGGUACAGAAAAGCCUGAUGAAAUUCUGUGUGCCGCCUCAAUUAAACCUCGAGUAAGAAGCAUGGUGAUCCUUGAAGAACCCUUUAAAUUAUCGUAUGCUAACGGAGUCCUUCCAUGUACAUUAACAGCAAAUGUACGAGACGUAGAUAUUCCACAUUCACCCAAAUUCAUCUUAAAUGACAUGCCAACUAAUACCAAUUUCCAGAAAUUUCCAUCGAGCUUGCAGAACCUUGAUUCUGAGACUGCGAUCUAUUCCAGCUCGCGAAAUGAUCCAAGUGAAAGUAUGGUUAAAAAUCCGCAGAUCUGCAUACUCAAUCCACAAAUCACAUCCCAAGAUGGACCAGAUGAUCAUACUACAGCCUGUAGCAUCAAUGACUAUGCGAUGUAUUCACCAACAAUUCUCAAUGAUUCUGAAAAUUGCAUUGAAAAUAAGAAUCCAUCAAGUGAGGAUAAUGUGCCAGGCAUUUAUUCGACCAGCACAGCAGAUGAUACCAAAACAAGAUUCUCAAAUUUCAAGCCCUGCAAUCGUGAUGCUAUUUCAAAAAAUAUAAAAAAAUUCAAAGGUAACACAAUUUCAGCACCUGUAACUUGUGUAUCUAGAAUCAAAUCAAAGCGCAUGACUUCAAAAAUGAAACCAUGCUCAGUAAAGUUCACCAAUGCAUCCGUACCAGUGUUUGAUGAACAUGCGACUUUGCUCAAGGAUACAAUUCACAAAAAUGCUAUUUGCAAACCAACUCAUCAAAAAAAACAAACCUAUAAAAAUGGGAUACCGAAUUCAACUAGAAUUUCAUUGUCAGCAAAAACUAUUCCAUGCGGUUUAAAAUCAUUAAGACCUGGUAUUAAAACCUGCAAAACACAUCUCAAAAGCAGCCCAGUGAAAAAAACGUUAUUACGGGACGUUAAUGGACAUUCGACGAAUGUUUGGGUAACUCCAGGCAUAACGAGGUUUCAUCCACAGCCAUCUAAAAUGAUGAGAAAAAAAGCAUCAUCCCAGAUCAGACCAGACAUCAUACCAGCGGAAAAAUUAGGCAGACCAGAGUAUAAUUCGAUAAUAUGUACAAUCGAUGAACUGAACAAAGUUCAAGAACAAAAAUUUAUCACCGAUGUUGAUGACCUGCCAUUAGUUUACAGGAAUUUGGUUAAUGAAAAGAUUUCAGCGGCACUAGAUUUUCGACCAGAUGAGGCUAUUUAUAAAAACCUUGUGGGUUUGUCUGUGAAUGAGAAUCAACUUCCUUCUAGGUUUACCAGGAGUAAAGAUCCAGAGCCGCGAUAUAAGGAUAUUGUACCUAAGCUGUCAGAUUUUCUCACACCAUCGUAUUCAGAAGAAUACUGUACUGCAAUUCAAAUCAGAUCGAACAGCCCAGAAAUAACUUCAAAAUGGAGUGCAUUUACGAUAAGUGAUAAAAUAUUCGGAUGGAAGCACGACAUGGAUCAGUGCUAAUAACAAAAUAUUACAAUGGCUUUGCUGCUAUUUCAUAAAUUUGUUUGUUUUAUAUACCACCACCAGGAAAUAUAAUUAAACAUAGGACAUAUUUAUCUAUA